CGCUCUUUCCCCGCCUUCCUCUUCUUCCCCUCCCCGUGAGCGAUUCCAGUUGUGCGCUUCCCACUUCCGCCCCCUCUGCCUCCCUGUGGAACUAGCAAAGCUGAACAAGUUGCGGCCGCCCCACCGCCGCCGCUCCCCUCACGGCCGCCUCCGGGUCGCCUCCUGCUCACCAUCGCUUCCUCACGCCGUUCUUUUUCUUCCCUGGCCGCCGCCGUCCCGAGGCCUCCGCCAGCCCCGCAGCCCACGCCGCGGCCGACAUGAGCUUCUUGUUUGGUAGUCGGUCCUCUAAAACAUUUAAACCAAAGAAGAAUAUUCCAGAGGGUUCUCACCAAUAUGAGCUGUUAAAGCAUGCAGAAGCCACACUUGGCAGUGGCAACCUUCGGAUGGCUGUCAUGCUUCCUGAGGGGGAAGAUCUAAAUGAGUGGGUUGCAGUGAACACUGUGGAUUUCUUCAAUCAGAUCAACAUGCUUUAUGGAACGAUUACAGAUUUCUGUACAGAGGAAAGUUGUCCAGUGAUGUCAGCAGGCCCAAAAUAUGAAUAUCAUUGGGCCGAUGGAACAAACAUAAAGAAGCCUAUUAAGUGCUCUGCACCAAAGUAUAUUGAUUACCUGAUGACUUGGGUUCAAGACCAGUUGGAUGAUGAGACUUUGUUUCCAUCAAAAAUUGGUGUCCCAUUCCCAAAGAAUUUCAUGUCUGUGGCAAAAACUAUACUCAAACGCCUCUUUAGGGUUUAUGCUCACAUUUAUCAUCAGCAUUUUGAUCCUGUGAUUCAGCUUCAGGAGGAAGCACACCUCAACACAUCUUUCAAGCACUUUAUAUUUUUUGUCCAGGAAUUCAACCUUAUUGAUAGAAGAGAACUUGCCCCACUCCAAGAACUGAUUGAAAAACUCACCUCAAAGGACAGAUAAAAGGAUACAGAGCCGUGCAAACUUCCUCAAAUGAAGCUGUGUGGAGUAUAUUUGGAUUUUUGUUUUUUAUCUCAGUUAUUUUUGACUUAGGUUUGGGGGGACUUGUUUGGGUUCCUUUUCCUUAAUCUGAAUAUUAACCAUAUUCUAUUGCAACAGACAGAUAAAAAUCAUUCGAAAUACAUUGGAUAGGAAUAAAUUUUGUCUUAGUGGCAUAUAGUAAUACAUAAUAUACUUUUAAUAGGUUUUGUUACUUGUGGAAUUUAUGUAGCAUUGUGUGUGGAAAGAAAAUGCUUAUUAAUUAGACUGCUGAUGGAUGGGGUUUCCGAGUUGUAUAAAUUGUGGUCGAUUUUUGAAGUCCCUGAAAGACUUUAUGUUUUCAAGUGCCUUGGCAGGCUCACUUCUGAGGUGCAAAGCACAGACAUAGAACUGAACAGGACUUGAAAUGAUCAUUAGGAUUAUUACCCAGGGCACUUACUGAUGCAUGUUUUAAAAUAUCUAUGAUAAAAGCCAUAGUUUACCUAAAUCAGUGAUCUCCAGCUUUUACUACAUGGAACAAACACCCUUUGUAAAGUUGUGCAUGUAGAACAAAAAAAAUUAGUAUUUCUUAAUUAUUUUUGAUAUUGAUAAUUCUGUUCAACAAAUUCUUAAAGUUCUAUUAGCAAGUUUUUUUUUUUUCCAUUUCUUGAGAUCUGUGAUAUUGAAACAUAAGGAUGUUGAAAUGUAGUAAGUAUUGCAUUUUGGCUUCUUUCUACACUGCAGGUGUAAAAAUUCAGGUUAUAUAUAGGUUUGCCAUCUUCAGAGGUGAUGCUGAACUGUGAGGUUUCUUAGCAAUUGCCAAAUGAGCCAUAAGUCUGCAGAGCCCCCCUUCUUUGAAGAGAAGGGAUAGAAGUUUUUGUUUGAUUUGGAGUGGGGAUAUGUGUAUGCUCUUAGUUUAGGGAGUCAGGAAGGGAUUAAGUAUGUGAAUCAAGUUCAAGAACGUGUUAUCUUAAAACACUUGGAUAGAACUGACAAAGAAUUUUAUGAAUUACUUGUAAACAAAAUCUUACUGACUUCCUCUUAGGAGUCAACUUCCAUGAGAAGUUAAAAAUAAGUUAUUAAUUUUGGAUAUAGACAUUAAAUGAGGAAUUUAAAGGCUGUUUUGAGAAAUUGACUACAGCAGUUCCAUUCAGUGAAUGGAGCUGGUGUUUGUCAUUUUAAAAUGAUACAGUACCUUAUUUACUUAUUGAUACAAUUUGAAGCAUUUUGACUUCUGAUUUUUCCACUGUGAAAGGAAAUCUUUUUCUUUGCAGUGAUAUCAGAAAAUAAAAGUGCUAAUUCAGUAGUCACUUUCACACUUUGCCUUGACUUUCUAGUGAACAACUCGCAUAAAAGUUCAGAAACUUAGUUUUUAAACUAAUUAUGAACAUUUCUCACUUUUUAUUCUUGAGAAACAGCCUUUUCAGACUUCCAGUGUUAAUUUUGUAAUUUCUGGUAAAUCUAUUUCUUUAGUUAAAAGUAGGUAUUUUUUUCCUUAUAGUGUACAAAUCUUGCUCUGAAAUUGUAUAGACUAAAAACAAUAGAAAAGAAUAAAAUGAAAUCAGUUUUUUACUUUAUUUUCAUUUGAUUUCAUUAAGAAGCAUAGUAGUGAUAAAUUCAAUGCCAUUACAAUAAUGAUCACUAGGAACUGCCUUUUUCUCCAUUUCUUUUCUAACAAUCAUUUGAUCAGUACCAACAGGAGAACCCAGCAGAGGCAAAUGUAUUGGACAUUCAUUGUUAAUGCUUAUUUAUAAACUCCAGUGAGAACUAGCUGAUUUUCUUAAAACAAAUUUUUUAGUAUUCAAAUUGAUAAUAUCAGCCACUAUGGUGAUUCAAAAGGAAUUUGAUUUAAGUGAUUUGGGGGUCCUGUCUGUAUAGGAAAAUGAAGCACAUGAUUAGUCAAGUCUUCUAUACUGCAUUUGACUUUAUCAACCUAAUAACUGGUUGUAACAGCCAAGUGUAGAGAGAACAGAAAACUUACUUUCGCUCUUAUAUAGUAGUACCAUAAAAAAAUGCAAAAAUAUUUCUCUAAGUUAAUUUGUAGUAGUAGAAUCUACUCUCCCACUGUAUGUAGACAGGCUCUUGUCAUAGUGCCAGAAUCCCAGGUGCUUGGGGAAUAUAUAUAUAUAUAUGUUUAUAUAUACCAUAUAUAUAUAUAUAUAUGGUAACAAAAGCAAAAGUAGAGUUCUUCAAGGUGAGGCCUGGCACCAUACAUGGUAUUAAAUGACUACAAGUAAGGAAGCACAGGACUUGUGAGAAAUAACUUGACUUAAUAAAAUGUUGCUCUGACUUACUUGGCUCCCAUGAGUGUUAAGAUGCUUUGCAUAAAAUAAGGAUCAAAUCUUGAUUUUUGUAUUAUAACUUGCUUAUAAAUGUCUGAUACCUUUAACUUAUAAAUAGCCAAGGUAAAAGAUCUCAGUCCAUCUGUGCUUGCUCUUUAUAGAGUUAUAAAGCAGAAGUUAAUUUUUGCAUCUGCUAAAAGCAUCCUAUAAAAUACAAAGUAGUAAGUUAACACUAAAUUACUCUCACAAUGCCGUGACUAAAUGUUGAUGGAAGCAAAUUUUAGGCAUAAUUUUAAAUGAUGGAAUAAUGAUGGUAGAGAGAAAUUAGUUAAAGUGAAACUCUUUUAGUAGCAGUAGAUGGUGCCAUUGGUUUUCAUUUGUGGACUUACUACCACAAAGACUGGCAUUAAACUGCACUAAAACAGUAAGCAUGUAUUCAUUAGCUGGUAGAAGCUUUAGAGGUCAGUUUACCUUAAAUUGAAAGAUUUUUAGAUUGAUAUCUUUUUCUACCUUUGUAUUGUCAUUUGUAAGUUCUAAAUAGUAAACAUAAUGUAUUAGACAGAAGGCUUGUCUAGGAAGAGAUAUGCAAAUCUCAGACUAAUGCUGGCCUGGCUUAUCAGGAAAGAAAGCACUACAGUCUGUUAAUAUUUAGGAAAUACAAAUGAUGUGGAUAUUUAUAGUUUACAUGUAAUCAUCAAAUUCCAUUUUUCAUAUAAGCAUUUUCCUUGUUUGUGGUUUAUACCUUUGUCUACACCCUCUCUAAGAGAGGUUUUGAUAACCACUGCUAUGGUAAAUAAUGUGAGAUAUAAUUAUUAAGUCAUAGGGCUUUGUUUUAAAAUAAAUGUGAUACUUUAAAUAUCCAGGUGAACUGAUCUUCAGAAUGGUUCCUUUGAAAGCAUUACUUAUUCCAGUUGCAAAAGUGUAAUAUUUUUAAAUGUUUUCAGAGAUGCCUUUAAAAUCAGUUAAUGACUAUGCAAGAAAAGCUAUUUUAUCCUUUCAGUCGCAUUAAAAAUGCUUUUGGCAGUUUAACACAAUCUGUCUCACCAAGCCAGCUCUACAUUGCUGUUUUCUUAGAACUGAACUGUUACAGAAGGUCAAAAGACUAUGCCAUAGUUUCUGUAUUUGCAGAAGAGAAUGAUUUAAGCAUUGGUAACAUCAGUUAGCAGAUAGUCUCUUGAUGUCACUAUUUUGAAGUUGAUAGUAUGACUUGGAUGUACAGAUUUUAUUUUUUUUGAAUUUUAUUUAAGUACCUUACAGUUAAAUAUAAUAGUUAAAAAAUCAUCUUUUGUUAUUUUCCCCCUUUUUUGAUAAUUUCAGAAUUCUAUUCUGACUAGUGUAGGGUAGUUUCAGUUUGAAGAAUAGUAAGAAAAAAUGGUUCCAGUUUUUAAGAUGGAAGAUAGUGGUUGUUUUAAGAAAACAACAGCCUUUGUCUUUAUCUUUUUUCCCCCUCUUUAAAAUGUAUUCACUCAUGAACAAUGUGGAUUUAAAGACUGGAGAUUAUAGAUAGAAAUAAAAACAAAUUUUAUUUAUUAUGCUGAGUUUUAAGCCUGUAUAUCACAGAUAUUUAAAAUUAUAAAAUCAUUCCAUGUGUUAUCUAUAAUUUUAAGCUUUUGAGUGUCUUUUUUAAGGCUUUGGGACCAGAUAUAUAUUUGCAAUUUGAAAACGUGACUGCAUACUAAGAGGAAAACAACUUUCUGAAAUUUAUCUGUGAUUUAAAGAAUAUACCAUUCUUAAACAUGCUAUUAUGCUAGAUCUAUACUCUAAGUAUACUUCUAAAAUAAUUUAAGCAAGUUUUGUCAUGUUAAUGUUGACCAUAGGAAUACUGUAGUUAUUUUAAUUGUCUCUGAGAUACUGAGGUAAAGCUAUCUCAAGAUUUAAUGGAAACAUUUAAUUUUAAGAUAGAAUAAAAAUUCUGACUGCAUACAAUUUGAAUUUUAAGGUCUUUGUACAAUGAAGCUAAUCAUAAAGAAUUCAUUUUGAAGGUGUAAAACUGCACCAUGUCUGCCAUUUGUAGCUGAACUGAAAUUUUGAUGAGAGAAAAUACAGAUUAACAUAUUGUGUGGUACAAUUUUUUUUCUGCAUAUAAUACUAUAACAAUAGAGGACUUUGGAUUCUAGUUCUUAAAGAUAAUAGUAAAAUCACUGACCAUUUCCAGUGUGUUUUAUCUGCUUGCCAUCACUUUCUCCUGGGAGGUUAAAUUCCUUAUUACCAUUGACUCCAGUUCCCAUCUUCCCCUCUUUCUGCAUGCCGGCUCCCUCCUGUUCUCUCUCCCUCUGAAAACAAAGGCUAGGGUGGUUAUGCCUUUGGUAUGAUUCUGAAAUACCUGCUGUAAAUAAGUCAGUUUUAGCUGAAGUUGUGGAAGAUACACCGUACAUAAACAUUUUUGAUUUGGGGUUGACUUCUUUAAAUUAUGUCACUGAAACAGAUUAUUAGUGAUAGUAAGUUAAAAUUGUGUUAAUUUUUAUAUAUUAUUACAAGUUUGUACAUGUUUUCAUUUUUGUUUCUGAAAUAAUUAUGCUGGUUGUUAAAUAGAUUAGUGCAUUUUCAUUUUAAGAACACUUUCUCCUUAAAUUAUUGUGCAGAGAUAACUAUUUUUAGGGGAAAUAGUUUUUUAUAGCCACUAAAUUGUAUUUGUUAUUUUUGUACAUGCAUAACUAGGGCAGGAA